AUGCCUGAGGAGCAUCCCGAUCGUAGACCAUAUCACAGAAGAAAACGGCGAGGUGAUGAUGGCGGAGAUCGUGGCUCCUAUGGGAAAAGGAUACCAGACAGGAUGAAGCACGAUUUACGUGACGACUUCUUCGAUGUGGUUUUCGGAAAUAGAAAGAUGAACUGCCCGGGACAUGAGGUGAGCGAUCGCGAGGACAUCGUAAAGAAUUUUCUAAAUGUUGUUGAUGAGUUCAUCGGUGAUACAAGUAAUGAUGACAAACUGAUUGGUGUGCACUGCACACACGGCUUAAAUCGUACUGGUUAUUUGAUAUGCCGGUAUCUCAUCGAUAGAAUGGGCUGGACAGCUGAACGUGCUAUAUCGCUGUUCGAGUUUUCGCGAGGCCACCCUAUAGAACGAGGACAUUACAAGAAGAGUUUAUAUGACGCCGAAAAACGGAUAGCAGAGGGAUCGUCACCUCCUUCAUCACCUAGAAGCAUUGCUGAGCAGACAGUUUAG